AUGGUUAAAAAAGUAAUAGAUUCUAGAAUUCCUACUAUAAUAAAAAAUGGCGUGCAAAACAAACAUCGUUCGUUCUUCAUAAUUGUUGGUGAUAAGGGCAGGGAUCAGGUAGUUAAUUUGCAUUGGAUACUUUCGCAAGCCCAAGUGACUGCACGUCCUUCGGUAUUAUGGUGCUAUAAAAAAGAAUUAGGCUUUACUAGUCACCGUAAGAAAAGGGAGGCGAAAAUCAAAAAAGAAAUAAAACGUGGAAUAAGAGAACCUAAUGAGGAAGAUCCAUUUGAACUAUUUAUUUCAGUUACAAAUAUCCGAUACACAUAUUAUAAAGAAACGCAUAACAUAUUGGGUAAUACGUAUGGAAUGUGCGUGCUACAGGAUUUCGAAGCCUUGACUCCAAAUCUAUUAGCACGUACCAUUGAAACAGUAGAAGGCGGUGGCAUCGUAAUUUUAUUGCUCAAGACAAUGACAUCUCUAAAACAGUUGUACACUUUGACAAUGGAUGUUCAUUCCCGUUACCGAACGGAAGCCCAUGACGACGUGAUUGCACGUUUCAAUGAAAGGUUUAUCCUCUCCUUGGGAUCAUGUGAAACUUGUCUUGUAGUUGACGAUGAAUUAAACGUAUUGCCAAUAUCCGCAGGAAAAAAUGUGAAACCAUUACCGUUGAAUCUGUCCGACGAAUCAAUUACAGAACAGCAAACCCAACUUAGAGAAUUGAAAGACUCGUUAGCUGACACACAACCUGCGGGUUCCCUCGUUGCUACUGCUAAGACCCUUGAUCAGGGGAAAGCCAUUCUCACCUUCAUUGAGGCAAUAUCAGAAAAGAGAUUGCGCAGCACAGUUACGCUUACAGCUUCUCGUGGCCGCGGCAAAUCAGCCGCUCUUGGAAUAGCAAUUGCUGCUGCAGUUGGUUACGGAUACUCUAAUAUUUUCGUCACUUCACCAAGUCCCGAAAACUUAAAAACAUUAUUUGAGUUCGUAUUCAAAGGAUUUGAUGCUCUUGAGUAUGAGGAGCACCUGGAUUAUGAUAUAAUACAAUCGACAAAUCCUGAUUUCAACAAAUCUAUAGUCAGAGUCAAUAUCUUUAGACAACAUAGGCAAACAAUUCAAUAUAUUCAACCACAAGAUGCCCACGUGUUAGGUCAAGCCGAGUUGGUAGUAAUCGACGAAGCGGCAGCAAUCCCCUUACCUCUUGUCAAAAAUCUUAUUGGUCCUUACUUGGUAUUCAUGGCAUCGACUAUAAAUGGAUAUGAAGGUACUGGCAGAUCCUUGUCCCUCAAACUCAUUCAUCAACUCCGCGAGCAAUCCAAGGGAUUCAUAGGCAAGGAAGUCCGGGUGGAUCCUAAUGAUAAUGCAGUCACUGUAAAUCGUGAUGGAAAGAAAAAAAAAGAUACUGCAUCCAUUAUUGAUGGAAUAUCAGUUGGAGGCCGAGUCCUUCGAGAAAUCAAACUUGAGGAGCCUAUUCGUUAUGGACCAAACGAUCCUAUUGAAAAAUGGCUGAAUAAGCUAUUAUGCUUAGAUGCGACUAUUGUUUCCAAAAAUAUUCAAGGAUGCCCACAUCCACAGAAAUGUGAACUUUAUUACGUUAAUCGUGAUACGUUAUUCUCUUUCCAUACGGUGUCAGAGACAUUUUUGCAACGUAUGAUGGCGCUUUACGUCGCUAGUCAUUAUAAAAAUUCGCCUAAUGAUUUACAGUUAUUGUCUGAUGCACCCGCGCAUCACCUGUUUGUCCUAUUGCCACCUAUAAAAGAAGGUGACAAUUCACUGCCUGACCCUCUUUGUGUAUGCCUAGAAGGCGAAAUCUCAAAAGAGGGAAUUAUGAGUAGUUUAAAACGUGGCACGCGUGCUAGUGGAGAUCUCAUACCAUGGUUGAUUUCACAACAGUUUCAAGACGAUGAUUUCGCUAGUUUAUCAGGGGCUCGGAUUGUUAGAAUAGCGACCCAUCCAGAUUACAUGAAGAUGGGAUAUGGAACGCGAUGUUUAGAAUUGCUAACCGCAUUUUACCAAGGUGAAUUUGCUCUUUUGAAUGAGAAUGAAAAUUAUCAAGAGGAGUAUAUGCCGAGAAUUGAAGAUUCGGAACUGGAGAACGCUGACCUUCAUAAAGACGAGAUAAAAAUACGGGAUCCACGCAAGAUGCCACCUCUUCUCUUAAAACUUUCCGAAAAACGCCCA